AUGGCAGAUGAAGUAGCAGCAUCUGUCAACCGAAUUGCAGUGAGGAUCCCACCGUUCUGGCCAGCAGAUCCUGAACUUUGGUUUGCUCAAAUUGAGAAUCAAUUUACUUUGGCUAAUAUAACUUCUGAUGAUACUAAAUUCAGUUAUGUGGCGGGAAAUUUAGAGUCAAAAUAUGCUGCUGAAGUUCGAGAUAUUUUAACUAGACCACCAACAACAAUGAAGUAUGAAAAGCUGAAAACAGAGCUUAUUCAGCGACUCAGUGCUUCACAGGAUCAGAAGACAAGGCAGCUCUUGGAACAUGAAGAGAUAGGAGAUCGGAAGCCCACACAGUUCCUGCGUCAUCUCCGAGCCCUUGCUGGUACAGUUGUUCCUGACAGUGUGCUAAAACCUCUUUGGCUAUCACGUCUGCCAGCCUCCACCCAAGCUAUUCUGGCUACUCAACAGAAUUCUGAUUUGGAUGCCCUAGCUGUGCUAGCUGAUGCUGUUCUGGAGGCAAACCCAAGACCUAGCAUUUCUGAGACUGCAGUUGCCACAAUAGUGUAG